AUGUAUUGUCUGUCCGCGUGUCUCCUGGACCCUGGUAUAAGUGAUAAGAGAGAUCCUCGAUGGGUGGGCGCAUGGUGGAUUGGGUUUGUCAUCCUGGGCACUUUAAUAUUUACCUUCAGUUUGCCCUUGUUUUUAUUUCCGGCUGAAUUCAAAACAGGACUUGUAUUUAGUAAUAAAAAAGACGGUGAAAAAUCACCACAAGUUGUGGUUAAAAAGCGCAACAAAGACCAAGAAUUGAGUCCGUUACUGCGUUUGGUGAAAAAUCCGAUCUACAUGUGUUAUGUUUUUGGUACCACUUUCCGCGUAUUUGGUGUUAUGGGUUAUUAUACAUUCAAACCCAAGUUUCUUGAAUCCCAGUACAAAAAGUCCGCCUCCACUGCAAACCUAUUUUCAGGUAUUGUGGGCACAGUCCCGGCUGCAAUUGGUCUACUUCUUGGUGGUGCAUAUUUAACAUACGUACAGCCGGGUCCACUCCAACUGACCUCGUUUAUUACGGUUGUUGAACUCUUAGGCACAAUGAGCUACGUGUCGGCCCUAUUCUUGGGCUGUCCGCAGACAACUUACGCCGCCCUUCCAGUCAAUAAUGCCAAUACCUAUGGCGCAGACUUAAUGUGUAAUACAAAUUGUUCAUGCCCGCAAAAGUUUCAGCCCAUCUGUGGUCCCGACAAUUACACCAACUAUUUCUCGGCCUGUUUUGCCGGUUGUAGUCCACAGUCUCUCAUAUCAAUGAACGGCACAAAACAAUACUCGGACUGCAGUUGCAUUGACAGCCCGGGAGUGGCCACCGAAGGCUUUUGCGAACCCAAUUGUGGCAACAAUUUUGAAAUUCUCAUACUAUUGGGAGCCAUCGCUGGUAUAAUAGGAAGGCCAGCAAUGGCUGCAUUCAUACCAUACCCUCUGGUGUACGGUUGGGUCACAAACACGGCGUGUGAGGUCUGGGAGUCAAAGUGUGGUAAAACCGGUAAUUGUCUGGUCUAUGAUUCGGACAAAUUCCGGAACCGACUCCACGGCCUGACACUAACCCUCUAUUAUAUCGGUUCAGUGUUUGAUAUAAUAGUGGUUUUGCUGUCGAAGAGAAUCAAGAAUUUAUACGAAGACGAAGAAGAAGAGGAUCAAGAAUCUGAUGAUAAUAUUAACAAUAAAUAG